AACACAGUCGCCGGUCAAUGACGUCACUGCAUCACCGCUUCUGAAGAGCGCAGAUGGAAGUCCGUACAUUUUAUGAGCAAAACAGUUAAAAUGUGUUUUAAUGUCACCGAAUACGAUUUCUGGGACGCGGGACUUUAGAUAUAUCUGCGAGGUUGUUAAGUAAAACUGUAAUUCACGUAACGUUAGCGUGAACGUGAGUGUUUGUAAGUGACGUCAGCAGCAUGUAUCGAUGUAAACACGGUUCCUUCACAUGGACAGUGUUUCUCUCAGUCCUGCUGAUAAAACAGCAGCAGCAGGCUGUUAAAGCUUCAUCUGGGGAGGUUCAAGUCAAUCUUGACAAGCCACUACGAAACUUGAAGCACUUUUGGAGAAGCACUGGAUUCUGCCCUCCACAGCCGCACAGUGACGCACACCUGUAUGAUCUCAGUCCAGACCAGCAGAUGAAUCUGGCUUUGAUCGGCUCUGUGCCACACAGAGGUAUCCAGCAGGUGCGGAUACACUGGAUGCUGGAGCUGGUUUCUGCACGAGUUUACAGUGGAGAAUAUCACUACAACUUCACUCACUUAGACCAGCUGAUUGACCUUCUCUGGCAGAAUGGACUGCAGCCAGGGUUUGAACUGAUGGGCAGCGUGUCCAACAGCUUCAGCAACUUUGAGGAUAAAAGUCAAGUUACUGAAUGGAGGAAAUUGGUCUAUUUGAUCGCCGAAAGAUACAUAUGGAAAUACGGACUCGGCUUUGUCUCUCAGUGGAACUUUGAGACAUGGAAUGAGCCGAACAACCACGAUUUUGACAACAUCACUGUAUCAAUCCAAGGGUUUCUGAACUAUUAUGAUGCCUGCUCUGAGGGGCUUCGUGCGGCGAGACCUCUCUUGAAGUUUGGGGAGUAUUACUGUGACAUUUGCCAUCUCUUUGAUAAAGACAAGAAGCAGUACCACUGCCAGCCCUGCGGGAUAUGCAGAAUCGGCCCAAGAGAGAAAUACUUCCAUUGUACAAAGUGCAAUCUAUGUUUAGCCACCGAUCUUAAAGACAAUCACAAGUGUGUGGAGAAUGUCUCUAGGCAGAACUGCCCUGUAUGUAUGGAGGACAUCCACACGUCCAGAAUAGGGGCUCAUGUGCUCCCCUGCGGUCAUCUGCUACACAAAACAUGCUUUGAAGACAUGUUCAAAACUGGUGCUUACCGCUGUCCUCUGUGUAUGCAUUCGGCCUUCAACAUGAAGGAGUUCUGGGAAGAGAGAGAUAAAGAAAUUGCCCAGACUCCCAUGCCCUCAGAGUACCAGGACACUACAGUCAAAAUCAUAUGCAAUGACUGCCAGGCUCGCUGCACUGUGUCCUUCCACGUGUUGGGCAUGAAAUGCAGCUCCUGUGGCUCUUACAACACUGCGCAGGACGGCGGGCUGAUCACGGCCCCUCCUGUAGACGCACAACAGUCUGCAGAUCAGACACUUGAAGAAGAGCCCAACACAGAGCACCACGAGUGACGUAUAGGAUCAGAAAUCAUCUCUCAGUUAAGCUUUUAUAGAACUGAUAUAUAGAAUACAAGCUUUCCUCCCUCACUGCUCCUCUCUCAAGUCUGUAGAACUGCUCUCAUUUUUCUUGCUUGAUUAAAAAGGAUCAGAACAUAUUUGAGGCUUCUUUAAUUGCAUUUUGUCAUAAAGAAUGUUAAAGGUAAUCCAGUGCUGAGAGGAUAAACUUAUCUGCUUUUGUUGAUGGAAUCCUCAAUAUCUGUCAAGAACAUUUUUGGUUUAUAUUAAGGAAAAGUAUCCUUAAUGUAUCAACAUGUGCUCUGAUAUAGAUUGAACAUUUUUUAGUUUUAAAAUUAUUUAAUGCUAUUUAUUGAUUAAUUCUGGACAACAAACAAACAUUGUAUUACGGAAAUAAAAUGAUCACAUUGCUUCA